AACUUAUUGUGGGGAAAUAGAACCAAGCAUGACUUUGACAAUAAAAGCACGUGAAAAAGCUUUGCGCUGUCUCGGGAGUUAGAUCACCAGAUGACGUUUCUAAGUGGCUAUAGAAAGAUCUGAGCGCUGGUUUCCCUAAAAUGCUUCGUACCAUCUUUUUCUAUUUGAAGGAGAUUUCUGCAUUUUUUUUCAAAUUGAUAUUUCCUCACUCUUCCUUGCAGGAACUUCUCCCCUUCCUCUACUCGUGUUUCAUUUGCGUGAGUGUAGGACUCAAAUGGACAACUACCGCCAAGAUAAAUUACAUAAAUUUGAGGAGUUUGUUGAUCGACGUCUGAAACCAGAUCUUGUUCAUGCCAUAUCCGAGAGGGAUAAGGUUUUCGAGCAACAGAAGACUUUGUAUCCCUUUCUCAGAUUUACGAAAACACAUUGAGAAUCUUCAGAAGAAUAGCGUAACUAGUCUCAAGACAUUGGUCAACCUUGGUUCUGAGGUGUACAUGCAGGCAGAGGUGCCAGAUACACAACGCAUUUGUGUAGAUGUUGGACUAGGGUUUCAUGUGGAGUUUUCAUGGUCCGAAGCUCUGAAUUACAUAUUACUAAAGGAAGAGAAGUUAGCCAGGCAAAUAGAAGAGUACACUCAUCAGAUUGCAUCAAUUAAGGCACAGAUAAAGAUGGUCUGUGAGGGAAUCAGGGAGUUGCUUCAACUUCCUGCCGAAUUGACCCUACAGGAGCCCAUACUCUGAUUCAAAAUUAAAACUGUCUAGGUAAGACUCUUAUUCUUUGUGGAUAAUCUUCAAUCUAAUGAGUGGAGGAUGGAACAAAAAAAAGAGGCAGCUGACACAGUCUGCUGAUGUUUUAUGUGGAAGAUACUAUGUUACUGGGCUUGGAUUUUCUUGUCAAAUGGUCUUUACUUCAGUUUUCCUUUAGGGCUAAGUACAAAGUACAUGUAUGGUUAAGAAAUGGUGCCACAGAGAGUUACUGGAGAUGAUUUUCCACACAACAGGUGAAUGAAGACUUUAGAGC